CUCUCUCUCUCUCUCUCUUGCCCUCUUUCUCUCCUGGAGGGGGGUCUGAAGGCAGGGAGAAUGCAGAGGUAGAAACAAGGCAGAGAGAGAGGGGAGAGAAGAGAGAGCGUGAGAAAAAAGUGGCACCGGUGUGCAGGUCACCACGUCAUGUCAAACAACGACCAACUAUGAGCUGCCUCCCACUCCUCAGCUGCCAUUAAAGCAUGUAGAUACACCGGGAUCUACGAGGUCCUGCAAGAGUGUGGAGAUAAGGCGAAAGCAGUCACGGAGUCAGAGUGUGGUUCAGGCCAUGGAGGAGAGUUAUGAGGUGGACCUGGUCUACAUCACAGAGAGGAUCAUCUCUGUCUCUUUCCCCGCCGCCGCCGAGGAGCGCAGCUACACCACCAACCUCAAAGAGGUGGCGGCAAUGCUGCGAUCCAAACAUGGUGAACACUAUCUGGUGCUCAACCUGAGCGAGAUAAGGAAUGACUUAGCAAAGUUAAACCACAAGGUUCUGGAGUUCGGCUGGCCAGACCACCAUGCGCCACCGCUGGAUAAGAUCUGCAGCAUGUGCAAAGCCAUCGACACGUGGCUCAACGGAGAUCCACGAAAUGUUGUGGUACUACACAACAAGGGGAACCGAGGCCGAACAGGGGUGGUGGUGGCUGCCUACAUGCACUACAGCAACAUAUCCGCAAGUGCUGACCAAGCGUUGGACAGGUUCGCCAUGAGGCGCUUCUACGAGGACAAAGCGCUUCCUGUGGGUCAACCAUCCCAGAGAAGGUAUGUGCGAUACUUCAACGGCCUCUUGUCGGGACACAUAAAAAUCAACAACAAGCCUCUGUUCCUGCAUCACGUCAUAAUGCACGGCAUACCGAACUUUGAGUCCAAAGGAGGCUGCCGUCCUUUCCUGAAGAUCUACCAGGCAAUGCAACCUGUCUAUACAUCAGGGAUAUACAACGUGCAAGGAGACAGCAACACAAGUAUCUGCAUCACCAUCGAACCCGGCCUGCUUCUAAAGGGAGACAUCUUGCUGAAGUGUUACCACAAGAGGUACAGAAACCCCACCAGAGACGUGAUGUUCAGGGUGCAGUUCCACACCUGCGCCAUCCACGACCUCGGAGUGGUUUUCGGGAAGAACGAGCUCGACGAGACCUUCAAAGGUAACGGCUCUCCGGAUGAGAGAUUCCCAGAGUAUGGCAAGGUGGAGUUUGUUUUCUCAUAUGCACCAGAAAAAAUCAAAGGCCUGGGCCACUUGGAGAAUGGGCCAAGUGUCUCUGUGGACUACAACACCCAGGACAGUCUUAUCCGAUGGGACUCGUACGACAACUUCCCCCACCGCUGCGAGGACACUGUGGACGACGAGCACAAUGUUGUUCACACCCAAGGUCCACUUGAUGGAAGCCUGUAUGCCCGGGUCCGCAAAAAAGACUCCCUGGAGGGAGUGGUCACCAUCAACGGUCUCCCAGUCCAUGAAAACCCCUUGACCAAUGCAGAGAACCCUUUGCAGCACACCAAUCACCCUCUCCAAACCACUGAACAAACCCUUCCUGUAACAGGCCACGCCGCCCUCCCUGCCGUCGACCACACCCUCUCCGUGAGCAGCGACUCAGGCAACUCUACUGCAUCCAUCAAGACUGACCGUACCGAUGAACACAGCCAGUCCGUGCACGGUGGUGUGAACCACAGCAACCCACCAGUGACCAACCCACCACUCAGCCCUCAGGAGAAGAGAGAACUUGAUCAGCUUCUGAGCGGCCUCGAGGCACCUACUCAUCAACGGCAAGCUUACCUGUCCACAUCCACCAGUCCAGGAGGAGGUGUCCGACAUCUCGUCCCUGCACAGGUCCACGUCAACGGGGGCCACACCAGGCUCGUUGGCGCCCCAUCGACAGAGGAGCGUGAGACAGAUAUUCUUGACGACGAGCUCCCUAAUAGCCAAGAGGGCAAUAGUGUGGACAGCUUGGGCACACUCUCAUCCCUAGAGGGCCAGGGAACACCGGCUGACCUCUACUAUCCAUCAGAGACUCCCGUCAGCGGGCAGAACGACGGUCCCUACCUUGAGAGAGGUGUUCUUGGGGAUAAGCUUAGUGAGAUGCCUGUGCACGGAGUACGAACGCCCACGGCAAUGCAAGAGCGGAGCGUAGACUCUGCAUCGCCACAGGGGGGAUAUAACAACUACCAGAACGGAGGAGGGAUGUACCGCUCACAGUCCUUUGGGAACCCACCAGCUGGCAGCCCUGAGACCAACCCUAAACUGAUGCCCAGGGCCCCCGAAAGGAGUACCAGUAGUCGGGAGGCAGUUCAAAGAGGUCUCAAUACGUGGCACCAGCAUAGCCUCCCGGAUGAUCCAUUUGGGCCUCCUCUUCAGUCCACCCAUAGCUUGCCCCAUUUCCCCACCUCAGCUUCACAGCGGGACAUCGAGCAGUCCAUUGAGGCACUCAACAUGCUAAUGCUCGACCUGGACCCGAUCAACUCCCACAUGUCCAAGUCCCACAGUGCGCCUCCUGGGGAAAAUAACCUCAAUUCAUCACAGGCGCCUUUCUCCCAGACCCUUGCAAGGCCCUCAUACCAAGGGGACUCUGCCAUCCAUGGCUACAACAACUCCGGGUCGGUCAACAACAACUUUCAUCAGCCACUGCGGUCGGCUGGGAGAGUGUCAACAUUGCCCAACCAGAGCCCCGUAAUGGAGUCUCCAGCGUAUUCUCCACAGAGGACCAACGCAGGCUACCAACACCAAAACACCACCCCAACACACACCCCCGAGCCCUACCUCCACACACGCCAAGCACCCCACCACUACCCCGCCGAUCCUUCCCCUAAUUUCAACCAGCAGGCACCAAUGAAGCCUGUGAACUCUUACCCAAGCGGCGGGGUUUCAUACUCCCCGGACCUGCAGGGUUCAUCCCCUUAUCCAGGCUACAGUACCUCCUCUUCUCCUCUCCCUGCUCUAACGCCUCAACCCAAGGACACAUCAUCUUCCUCCUUGCCUAGAGAAGAAGAGGCAGAAGAGGAGCAGCUAAACUUGGAAGGCCUGGUCGCUCAACGCAUCGCUGGGGUACGCUCUAGGGGAAUGACCCCAGAAGUGACACAGGAGACGGGCCGACGUCGGACCACCAGCGAGGGUCAGUACCAGAGCAGCCAUGACAACAGGCCGGCGGGGCAUUCACCAGACUUCGCUAACAACCUGGCUCUCAACCCUGGAGGAAGACCUAGAGAGGGUACGAUGCACAGCUACCGGGAGGCGUUCGAGGACAGUGAGCCAGACGGGUUUGCCAACAGUCCCACUUUUGGAGGCGGUGGUGAGAUUUCCCCCCAGACCCCCAGCUUCCCCGUGUCACCACAGACUCCUUACUUCAACAUGUCUCGCUCCCCUCCAGGUUUGGCCAAGACUCCUCUGUCAGUGGCGCUGGGGCUGAAGCCACACCAACAAGGUGGAUCAGAUAAUCGCAGUUUUGGGGACUCCAGAGCACAAGCGUUCCACUCGCCUCUCUCCUCCAGCAGCCCAAUCCAUGUUACUGAUGGGAGGAGGAUGGGCUCUUCAGACAGCGCCCCUCACAGCCCAGUCCCCUCUUACACGCACCGACCCGCCUCCCCCGAGGGCUCCCAGGUGAACAUCAUGGGCGUCCACACCGUCCCCGGCAGCCCCAACACCCUCCACCGCACAGUGGCCACCAACACGCCACCGAGCCCGGCCCUCCAAAGACGCCUGGGUCAAGCCAGCCCCUCGCUGACCAGACACGCCCCUCCAGCCGGCGCCGUCCCCUCCAGCCCUCUGAUCGGCCGCAACCCAAAAACAGCAGGCGCCGGCGUGCCCCCCAGCCCCAUGAUGGGCCGCCGCACGGCCACGAGUGGCCACAGCACGCCCGACGAGCUGGGGGCCGCGUCUCGUCAGGGGAGCGCCCAGCCGCCCUUCACGCCCGCCUUCCCCGUCUCCCCACAUCUGCCAGAGAAGAGGCACAUGUCCAGCGGAGACGCAGAGAGGACGGACAACAGGAACUUGACGCCCGCCAGCGGUGGCAGCACGCCCAACCUGUCUGGCACACACACACUCCCAGACGUCUCCAAGUCCAUAUACGAUAGUUAUCCAGACAUUAAGAUGAAUGUCAAGUUUGUCCAGGACACUUCCAAGUACUGGUACAAGCCAGACAUCUCCAGAGAGCAAGCCAUUAAUCUGUUGAAGGACAGGGAGCCCGGAGCGUUCAUCAUAAGGGACAGCCAUUCUUUCCGUGGAGCCUAUGGUCUGGCUAUGAAAGUGGCCUGCCCCCCACCAACCGUCCAACAAACCAAAAAGGUUGGAGACAUGACUAACGAGCUGGUGAGACACUUCCUAAUCGAGACGAGCCCCAAAGGCGUCCGUCUGAAGGGUUGUCCCAAUGAACCGUACUUUGGUUGUCUUUCUGCUCUGGUGUACCAACACUCGAUGACUCCCCUGGCUCUGCCCUGUAAGCUGAUGAUCCCCGCCAAAGAUCCAAAUGAAGAGGCGCUGGAACUGGCAACACCGACUGAUCCAGUUGUUGAACUUCUGAAGCAAGGAGCAGUUCAGAAGGUUCCUGAGGAGGCUCAUGCGUGCAACGUUCUGUACAUCAACUCUGUGGACAUGGAGUCUCUCACUGGCCCUCAGGCCAUUGCCAAGGCGAUCAGUCAGACCCUGGCGACCAACCCUCUGCCCGACGCCACCACAGUCCACUUCAAAGUGUCCGCACAGGGCAUCACGCUCACCGACAGUCAGAGGAAGAUUUUCUUCAGGCGGCAUUAUCCACUCAACACAGUAACCUACUGUGAUCUUGAUCCCCAGGACAGAAAAUGGGGCAAAGAGGGAGGUGGCUCAGUGAAGCUUUUUGGAUUUGUCGCACGGAAACAAGGAAGCACAACAGACAAUGUCAGCCACCUGUUUGCCGAGCUGGACCCGGAUCAGCCCGCCUCCGCCAUCGCCAGCUUCGUCUCCAAAAUGAUGAAGCGGUGAAAAACUCCCAACGCCUAAAUAAUGGCAGUGGCCAUUUUGAAAUCUUCCUUCAUCAUUGGUGUCUUUUUCGCCAAGACUCGAUGAUGUCCUUUUUUUUCCUUCUUCUUCUUUUUUUUUAAAAUUUGUGUUGCCUGUCGGUUUGUUUGUUUCCCCUUCUCUCUUUUUUCUCUCUGCCUUGCUGGUUUGUCUUGACUUUGGUCUUUUUUCGAAGAGUCGAUUUGAAGGAUUUGGUGUGGAUGCGUGGUGUGGAGCUGUGAACGUGACAAACAUGGAGGCCUUUGAAGGGAGAAAAUUUACUGACAGGGUAACCUGUACUAGAAGAAAAUGCUAGCUAAAGACUAAAGGAACAAUGCUAAGUUCAGACGGGGAACAUGUAAGGACUCGUAUGUUUCGGGGUUUUCUGUUGUUGUUUUUGUUGAUUGAUUUACCAAAGGUAGUUGCAAUACAAGUGCAAGAAUGAUGUAGCUAUUAAGCCAUUAUUAUUUCCUCUUUUCAAAAGAUGAAGUGUUGAACAAAAAAAGAAAAAAAAAAAAAGAAAUACGGUUUCUUCUUGAACUUGUCUUCAGGAAAAAAGUUGGCCUUGAUGGCUUUUAGCAAAACAGUGUCUGAAGACCUUAUGCAUGUUAGCUUGAUCUUUAAGCUUGGUUCUUCUACCUUCCACAAAAGUCAUUGUGAAAUCCUUAGAGUGGUCAUUUUCCAGGUCUGUUGUGUGUUGGAAAGGGCUCUGCAGUGAAACAACGACUGAUCUAAACUGCGCAUAGCAGACCAGGCUAAAAAAAAAAAACAACAAAAAAAAACCACCACGCUAAGGUCACCGCACUUUGUGUCAGUGCAGCCACACUUGCAUCACCUCGGCCCUCUGGUCCAAGCCUGAACGCUCUCUGAAAACCUGCUUAUUGGAUUAUUCUGCUGAUUGCAUGGCAGACAGAGAGAGGAAGACUGUUUAUCCACAAGAUGGCGUCACUCAGUCAGGCUUGUUCUUUGCCCCUAGCCACAUAGACUUACCCAUCACCAACUGCUUGCAGUAGUGGAUCUGUUGAUAGACGCUGCCACUGAAACACACUGGAAAUCACCAGGGACUGGCCCCAUGACCUGGACCUAUGCACUGUUCUUUAUGCAUGUUGUUGUCCCAAAAUGCACCCUCCCUCAUAGCUACAUUCAACAUCACUGAAAACAUUCUAUGCUGUGUGCUAAAAACGACUUAAAAACCUUUAGACAAGUACACUGAGGUUGUAUGACUUGUCAAAGACUGCAUGAACUAGACAACAUUUUUGUACUCUUCUCAGAGUCCUGAAAAGAAGUAGACAACCCAUUGUUGAAGUAGUCAAAUGAUGGUGAGAUGCUAUAUUUUUACUUUUAUUCUUGAUUUUUUUUUUUUUUUUGGUCCAUUUGAGCCAGGGUUACCUUUCACUGUAUCAAGGACAGUCUGGUCUUUGUUUUUCGUUCCCACAGUGUCGUCAAAAAAUUUACAUUUAGAUACUUUUAGGGCAAAGGAGGGAAAAAAAACGAGAAAAAAAAAACACAAGGAGUUUCCACACUGUGCGCAAAUGCCUGCUUGUUGAACACAUGCUCAACCAUUCACAAUAAGCUAAGGAAAAUUGAUAUUGAUAUAAUGUACAUAGAUAUACUACUUUGAAAGGUGACAUAGCGAAAAAGUAUUUAUUUUUGUUGCUUUGGUCCCUCAUGAUUACUCAUAUAUACAUAUAUUGUACAGUCUAGAUAAAGAAGAUUACCUAAUGGGUUGAGAAAAAAAUAUAUACUUAUUUUGGCUAAUGAUUUCAAAGUCUGACGAUUUUGAAAUGUGUUUGAAUAUAUGGUGUACAUUACUUUGUACAUGUAUAUGUUUGUUUUUGGCUCGUCAUGUUUUUCAUUUUUGCGUUCUCUCAGAACGAGGUAAGGCAUGAAUGAGAUAGAAGCCAAGAGUCUGUACAGGACUGAAUUGCAUGGACAGAAGCAUCUGAGUGUGAGGAGGAGGAGGAGGAGGAGGAGGAAGGGGGGACGACACACUCGUAGAAAACAAAUAGCUAAUAGAUUUUAAGGUAAAGACAUGCAGAUUUUAGAAAAAGGGAAACACGAAAAAGUUCAGAAGCCAACCUCAAAAUGCAAUAUGAAAACAGCUGUAUGCACCCAUGACAGUUACAAUUAUCAUUUUGCCAAAGAUUCAAACACUUUACAUCUAUGCUGACUGGCUGCAUGUCGCUUUAUUUUUAAUUUUUUUAUUAUUUUUACGUUUCAACAGCCGUUAUUCCUGCCAUUUUUUAAAAUGUUUUUGUGUUUCACAUUUUCAUUCAAGCUGCACCCCUCGCUCAGCUUUUAGCAGCAAAUUUUACAAAAGCCUGACCAGCCAUGACACACAGAAAUGUGUGUUAUAGCUCAUACGUGUAACACAGGGGCCGAGACAUUCAACUGCAGAUGACUCAAGCUGUUGUGGACUUAUUCUUUGAUUCGUUUUUCCUCAUGUCUCAAUGCUCCAAAAAUAUAUAUAUAUAUUUAAUUGUGCCCCAAUUGGAAGUGUGUAAGCAAAGCACUUAAAUUCCAAAAGGAGGAGUGACAUAAAUUCCAUAUGUCAGUGUUGGAGGUGAAUAAAAUUGUCUCACUGCGAUGCUAAAGCUCGACGGCUGCAGCUUUGUCAGACUGCCAAAGGUGUCUUUUCCUGGCCCUCUCGAAAGUCAAUGAUUUAUUUAUUCUUAUUUAUUCUUUUUUUUUUUUCCCUUGACACGUUUCAAAUAAACUCUUGUUUCAUUGUCAUUAUCACAUUAUCGCAGUUUUAACAGUCAGUGUUAACGAAUGGAGGAAUGUAUGGUGGCGCUUCAUUGAAAGUGAAGAGGUACAUUGCACUUAAAUUGACGUCUUAACGAGCUUUAUGCAAUUAUGAGUCAUUUGGAGAGAAAAAAACAGAAAAAAACACAAUCUUUAAGUUAAAAAAAUAUAUAUAAAAAACAGGAAGACAUCAUGCGUUGUACCUAUUGGCUUUGAGUCAAGAGUUACCUUGUUUCAGUGAAAAAGAAGUGAUUUCUGUGACCCCUAUGUACACAUGGGACUUGUAUGAAUGUGCUACUUUUGGAUGUACAAAAGGGUCUCAGAUUUUGUUUGCGCUUAUCAUUUACAUUAUAUUGUCAUGGCUUACCUGUUCCUAAGGAGAAAAAAAACAUUAAAGCAAUACAAAUCAG